CGCAUUCCCAGCAAGAGAAGCAAUCGCUCUUAAACCCCAAAAACAAUAAGAAAAGAACCUCCUUGAAACGUGUCUCCUCAAAAAGUUCGGUCCAAGAUCAAGAAAAUGCGGGUUUUCUGAUAAAAGGGAUUGUGAAGCAAGAGUAUCUAAUCAGAGAUCAAAUGAGAGAGGUUCGAGAGAGGAGCCUUGUGGAGGAGUUUUCCCCUGGCUAUUAUGGGAUAUGUAGUCUUGGAGGAAUGCUCAGUGCGGGGGCUACCCACCUUGCUAUUACUCCUCUUGAUGUCUUGAAAGUUAAUAUGCAGGUGAAUCCAAUCAAGUAUAACAGUAUUUUGGCUGGAUUCUCUACUCUAUGGAAAGAACAAGGGCCUUCUUCCCUUUGGAGGGGGUGGUCUGGCAAGUUGUUUGGAUAUGGUGUUCAAGGCGGCUUCAAAUUCGGUCUUUAUGAAUAUUUUAAGAGGCUUUACUCUCAUAUCUUAGUAGAUCAAAACAGGACUAUUAUAUUUUUUCUCAGUAGUGCUUCUGCACAAGUAUUUGCUGACCUGGCUCUCUGUCCAUUUGAAGCCAUCAAAGUCCAGGUCCAAACACAACCCAGAUAUGCUAAGGGCUUGAUUGAUGGGUUUCCAAAACUAUAUAAAGCUGAAGGAUUUGCUGGCUUUUACAGAGGCAUUUUUCCGCUUUGGGGCCGCAAUCUUCCAUUUUCCAUGGUAAUGUUUUCAACAUUUGAGCAUUCAGUGGACCUGAUAUAUGAGAACAUUGUUCAAAGGAGAAAGCAAGAUUGCUCUAGGGUUCAACAGGUCAGUGUGACAUGCUUAGCAGGGUAUGUGGCUGGAGCUGUUGGUACAGUGAUUUCUAAUCCUGCUGACAAUAUCGUUAGUUCUCUUUAUAACAAAAAGGCUGAAAAUAUGCUUCAGGCUGUGAAGAAUAUUGGGCUAGUUAAUCUCUUCACUAGGAGUCUUCCUAUUCGGAUCACGCUGGUGGGGCCAGUUGUUACUUUGCAAUGGUUUUUCUACGACACCAUCAAAGUACUAAAUGGACUGCCUACGAGUGGAGGGCUUAGCAUGCAUCAGGAAGAAGCUUACUCAUCAGCUUAAACUCUAGGAAGUUCAUACUGCAAAGCAACAGUUGCAAGCCAGUUUAACCUGCCAUCCUGAUGGCUGUCUCCAACUGAUUCUACAAUAAUCUGUCUCCAACUCAUCAUAGAUAAAAGUUGCAUAUUGCAAUUCCAUCCAGCUACAUAUUUGAUGCCUGGAUAUGUUAAUGUACAGCUGUUAUCGUACAGGACUAACGUGUUUAGAUAAAGAUGGUAAUUUUUCCCGAGAGGAAAUUCCUGCCUUUUUAAAAUUAGCAGGCUAGAAAUGGAUUUAAAGUUGCCUUGCUGUCUUCCCA